UCCUGGGCUGAGAGUAAACACCCGCCAAGAGCUGUGCCCUCCAUACCAGCCCCAUCUUCCCCAUGCCUCUCCCUGCUUUGGCAGCCAGUCCUGAAUCUUUCAAGAGACAAGGCCAAGCAGGGGGUGGGACCAGGGGUGGGAGCCAAAGCCCCACCUCGUGAGCAGGCAGCGCCUCUGCCAAGGCCCCCACCAGCCCUGCUCCAGAGAAUGGCAGGGAAGCUGCGGUGAGGGCUGGCAGCUGGCAGAGUCCUGGGCACCCAGCCCCUGGCCUGGCUUACACCACAAAGCCUGGAGAGAGACUGCGGCGCCAUUGACCUGUGGACUCCAGAGAUUCCUUCUGUGCACUCCUCUGAUGGGGAAGGUUUCCUGAAUUACCGGAGGAGAAACCUGAGUUUGAGUCCUGACUUGUCACCAGCUUCCUGAGUGACCUGGGCUGGUCCCGUCCCCUCUCGGAAUCUCCGUCUUCCACCUCUUCAGCGAAGGGGUUGAUUUAUAAGGAUGUUUUCUGCUCUGACACUGUAAUUUGAAUUCUCUAUUUCCACGUGACAUUCAAGAAGUCUGGCUGGCAGGAUGGAAUCUGAAAUGACAGUGGCUCUGGACUGGGCUUUGUGCUCAGCCCAACUCAUCUUUGAGACCUAGGAGUGGCACCCGGCUCUCCUGACGUGCCACCACCCUUGGCAUCUGCUCCUCUCCCUGCCCCAAUAUACCCAUGCUCCGAAGGGGAGUUCUCUUCCAUAGCAAAUCCAGGAGGUGCCGAGGAAGCGGGCCCUUUGUUCCAGACCCAGAAGCAGCCAUGGGGACCUGUGAUGUUGUGACUGAGGCCAAUGUCUCAUCUGGUCCUGAGAGCAAUACCACGGGCACCACAGCCUUCUCCAUGCCCAGCUGGCAGCUGGCACUGUGGGCCACAGCCUACCUGGCCCUGGUGCUGGUGGCCGUGACGGGCAAUGCCACAGUCAUCUGGAUCAUCCUGGCCCAUCGGAGGAUGCGCACGGUCACCAACUACUUCAUCGUCAACCUGGCUCUGGCCGAUCUCUGCAUGGCUGCCUUCAACGCCACCUUCAACUUUGUCUAUGCCAGCCACAACAUCUGGUACUUUGGCCGCGCCUUCUGCUACUUCCAGAACCUCUUCCCCAUCACAGCCAUGUUUGUCAGCAUCUAUUCCAUGACUGCCAUCGCUGCCGACAGGUACAUGGCCAUCGUCCACCCCUUCCAGCCUCGGCUCUCAGCCCCCAGCACCAAGGCAGUCAUUGCUGGCAUCUGGCUGGUGGCUCUUGCCCUCGCCUCCCCCCAGUGCUUCUACUCCACCAUCACCAUGGACCAGGGUGCCACCAAGUGUGUGGUGGCCUGGCCCGAAGACAGCGGGGGCAAGACACUCCUCCUGUACCACCUCGUGGUGAUCGCCCUCAUCUACUUCCUGCCGCUCACAGUGAUGUUCGUCGCCUACAGCGUCAUCGGCCUCACGCUCUGGAGGCGCCCAGUGCCGGGACAGCAGGUGCACGGUGCCAACUUGCGCCACCUGCAGGCCAAGAAGAAGUUCGUGAAGACCAUGGUGCUGGUGGUGGUGACGUUUGCCGUCUGCUGGCUGCCCUACCACCUCUACUUCCUCCUGGGCAGCUUCCAGGAAGACAUCUACUGCCACAAGUUCAUCCAGCAGGUCUACCUGGCACUCUUCUGGUUAGCCAUGAGCUCCACCAUGUACAAUCCCAUCAUCUACUGCUGCCUCAACCAUAGGUUUCGCUCUGGAUUCCGGCUUGCCUUCUGCUGCUGCCCGUGGGUCACACCCACCGAGGAAGAUAAGCUCGAGCUGACUCCCACACCCUCCCUCUCCACGAGAGUCAACAGGUGUCACACUAAGGAGACUUUGUUUAUGGCUGGGGAUGCAGCCCUGUCCGAAGCUACCAAUGGAGAGGCGGGGCAUCCCCAAGAUGGAUCAGGGCUAUGGUUUGGUCUCAGGUAUUCCAUGAAAGCAACACAAAUGGACUAAGACAGAUGCCUACUGAACCCUGAAGCCUUGUGCCUGGCUGCGGAGUGAGGUGUAGCACCCUUUGAGAAGUAGCCAAUCAAGAAGACCAGAUCUGAAAGUUCAGCUCAUGCCCCAUCCUUCAAUACAUCAAUGCAAAAACAAGAUGGGGCCGGGAACUCCAGAAAGGAUGCUGACUCUAAAAGGACUCAGCCCCACAUCUCAGAGAGCACCUCAGGAAAUCCAGUAAAGGUCAGAAAAGACAGUGUGAGCUGGUAUUUAUCUAAUCUAGGAGAUGCAAGCUCAAAUGCCUUCCUGGAGCAUACAAGAUUACUUAUAAAAGAAAAACUGCAAAUGUGAUAAUAAAAGGCAACUGACUUCCAGCCUCAGUGCUGAGGGACUAGGGAAUGGUGGGGGCCAUGGCAACCUGGAGACGACAGGCAUUCCAACGGGACAGGAACUCCCCAGCUCUGGACAAACAUUGCCAUGUGGUAAUGGGAGCCCACUGUUGCUAGAUCUUCUGCGUCUUUCCAGAGAGGCUGUAAGUCCAGAUUUGUAGGUGAGUCUUCCAGAUUUGUUGAAUUUGACCCACAUUUUCAUAAACUUUAUGUAAGCCAAACAAAACGUAUCUGUGGGCAAUGCAACCGACACUGAUUCACCAUCAGGCUGUGGAUACAAGGGAGGAAAAGUCUUAUUUCACAAAGCCCAGUGACUGUGAGUCAGCCGAGGGCCUCUCUGCCUCAGUAUCUAAGAUGUCAGAUCCAGCCCAGGUAGAUGGUGAUUAAGAGUCCGAAGAGUCAGCUGUGUUUCCUCAGGCACGUCACACCUGAGCUCUUCCUCUGCCCAGUAUUAAAACUACUUCACAGGGAUGCUGUGAGGAACAAUGGAAGUAAUACCUAUAAACUAGCAGGCCAGACCAGGUAAGUGCCCAAUACAUGGUAGCCAGGCAGGAGUGCAGUGGCACCAUCAGGGCUCACUGCAGCCUCAACUUCCUGAGCUCAAGGGAUCCUCCCACCUCAGUCUCCCAUGUAGCUAGGACCACAGGCACACAUCACCACAUUCAGCUAAUUUUUAAGAUUUUUGUAGAUACGAGGUCUUGCUAUGUUGCCCAGCCUGGUCUUGAACUCCUGGGCUCAAUAAUUCCUCCUGCCUGUCUCCUGAAGUGGUGAGAUUCCAGGCGUCAGCCAUCACAUCUGGCUGUUAGCCGUGACUUUUAACUAUUUUACACAAAAGCCACCUACAAAGCAGCAGCACAGCUCCCACUCCCACUGAAGCAAGAAGCUGGAGGGCAGAGAGCAGCAACUGUCCCAACUCCCAGGAAGCUCCAGGUCUGGCCCAGCCCAUCCCAAGGAUACACCUCUUGCUUGUCGACUCAGCCUGUCUGGUUCCCCUGUAGAUGAACCACAUAACAUCGUCAAUGCACGUUGCAAGAUGUAAUGUUAUCUGUGUUCUCCGCAAAAUCACUGCUCCAUAGACACCAGCACCGUGCCCCUAAUAAAAGGACUCUGAUCUCACCAAACCAGGUGGUCUUGCAGUCAGUCCUGCAGGAAGGCACUUAGAGCGGUUGUGGCUUGGGACAUCACAGGGUGCUUGGGUGCCGAGUGACAUGGAACUCACCAAAAGCUUGGAGAGAAUCCAAAAUGAGAGCCUGGGGAUGGAACGGCAAUCUCUUGAGGUGGGGGUGGGGAGGGAGAGUAAAAAGGUCAGACAAGGUUUAAUUUCCUAGGGAUUGGGCAAAUAUAAGAUCCAGGAGCGGGUGGGCCAGGAAUGGUGGCUCAUGCCUGUAAUCCCAGCACUGUGGGAGGCUAAGGCAGGCAAACUGCUUAAGCUCAAGAGUUUAAGACCAGCCCUGGCAACAUAGUGAGACUCUGUCUACAGAAAAUAAAGAAACUUAAAAAAUAAAGAAAAAAGAUCCAGGACGGGCAGAGUACAGCCACCCUGGGCUGCUUCGAGAUUUCAUCCGUGUUUGGGUGAGGGGAGAGGAAAGGGGUGGGGCAGGGCACAUUUCAUCCUUUGUCUUAGAGUUUGCAGAGAGGAAGAUGAAGGCAGGAUCCGUGUGGGGAUGGCAGAGGAGACCAGUGUUGCAGUACUCUCAUUGAACCCAAGCAGUCUCUGGAAACCAAGUGGCCUGUUCUGUAAUCCCAGCAUUUUGGGAGGUCGAGGCAGGUAGAUCACCUGAGGUAAGGACUUCAAGACCAGCCUGGCCAACAUGGCGAAACCCCAUCUCUACUAAAAAUACAAAAAUUAGCUGGGCGUGGAGGUGCGCACCUGUAGUCUCAACUACUCAGAAGGCUGAGGCAGGAGAAUUGCUUGAACCCAGGAGACAGAGGUUGCAGUAAGCUGAGGUUGUGCCACUGUACUCCAGCCUGGAUGACAAGGCAAGACUGUCUCAAAAAAAAAAAAAAUAACUCUGGUUGGGUGCAGUGGCUCUCGCCUGUAAACCCAGCACUUUGGGAGUCCAAGGCAGGGGGAUCACGAGACCAAGAGUUCAAGACCAGCCUGGCCAACAUGGUGAAACCCCAUCUCUACUAAAAACACAAAAAUUAGCUGGGCAUGGUGGCAGUUGCCUGUAAUCCGACGUACCAGGGAGGGUGAGGCAGGAGAAUUGCUUGAACACUGGAAGUAGAGGUUGCAGUGAGCUGAGAUUGCACCACUGCACUCCAGCCUAGGUGACAGAGCAAGACUCUGUCUCAAAAAAAA